UGCCUUUGUUUACGUUUUUUGUUAUCAGAAAAUUUUAUUUUUGUAAAAAGGGAAAAUUAAAACAAAAUGCGCCUGCGCUUUAAAGUUUUUAAUAAACUCUUAACCCUUUUGGGGGCCUCAAUCGUAAUUUUAAUUAUAUUUUUAUAUACUUUAGCAAAACAACCUGCUGCCGACGAAUUUAUAACAAUAAUUAAAGAAAAUUCACAAGAACUGACGCAGCCACCAACAGAAAUUGCCCCCAAAUUGCUGAAUUUAACAAAUUUUAAGUAUUUAAUAGAAAAUCGUUUGUGCCAUUCGUAUAAAAAGGAAUUAUUGGCUAUUUUAAUAGUUACCUCUUAUGCGGGUCAUGAUGAACUGCGUUCCGCCCAUCGUCAAGCCAUUUCCCAGGCAAAACUUUCCGAUUUGGGUAUACAAAGAGUAUUUCUCUUGGCUUCUGUACCGGAGAGAGAACAUUUUAUAACGCAGUCGCAAUUACAAAAUGAGCAACAAAGGUUUGGUGAUCUAUUGCAGGGCAAUUUUAAGGAGGCCUAUAGAAAUCUGAGCUACAAACAUAUAAUGGGUCUAAAGUGGUCGGCCACCGAAUGCCGAAAAGCUAGAUUUAUUAUAAAAAUAGAUGAUGAUAUUGUCUACGAUAUAUUCCAAGUAAAACGUUAUUUAGAUGCUUUGGAAUUGGAAAAUCCCAAACUGACCACCUCCUCCGAACUAUUGGCAGGCUAUAUAUUAGACUCUAAACCGGUCAUACGUUUGCAGGCCAAUAAAUGGUAUGUUUCCCAGCAAGAAUAUGCGGGCAAUGUUUAUCCCGAUUAUUUGUCCGGUUGGUUGUACAUCACUAAUCCCCAAACAGCCUUAAGAUUAGUGGAACAAGCAACCAAAUCCCCUAUAUUCUGGAUAGACGAUACCUGGGUGACUGGCAUACUACGUGAACCUUUAGCCAUUCCUUUGCAACGUUUGAAUACAUGGUUUUCUGCCAAUCCGGAUUUCCUCAACUGCUGUGUGCGCGAUUUAAAAGCUUCCAGCUUGGAAUGUGACCUCUAUGUGGGUCCCAAUGGGGGAGACAAUAAAUUAUUAAUAGAAUUUUUACAUAAUGUAGAGAAAUGCUACUAUGAUGAGUGUGUGAAACGCUCCAAACAACAAAUUUUGAAAAAUACUUGUGUGGGUACAUUUAAGAGAUUACUACCGGAUCAUGGUGAGGCCAAUAUAAAACCCGUCAAGUUGGGCAGAUGAUGAAACAUUCCACAAACUGAGAGAGACAAUUUUAAUUUGUAUAUUUUAUAAAAAAUUAAGUAAUUUAUUGUAGUUUUCUGCUAGUUUUACAAAGAAUUUAAGUUUUUCGCCUAAAAAUAAAUGCAAUUUAAAGCUAAA